AGAGUGAAAGGCGAGCUGGAGGUGAUGAGCGUGGUGACGCAAUCAGAAGACGUUACGGAUCUUUUCACUUCGAGGAGUGAUAGAGAAACUUUGUUUCAGGCCUUUGCUGACCAUUAUUUAAAAGGAUCAGUGUAUAAAACUGCUUCAAAAUAUCAUACCGCUCAGUACACAUUCUAUCCACAAACGGAAAUGCUGUUCAGAAAUUUCCUACAAUUUUGCAGAACCCCUAGAAGGGAUCCCGAUUACGAGUACCCCGAAGAGCGUCAGCUUUACUUGAGAUGUCCAAUUGAUCUUGCCUCAUUGGAAUCAGAUUGUGGCAACGAUGUGGCUUGUCUUUACGAUGCCGUCAUGCUGCAGGCUCGCCUAUUGGGUGAGGAAGCACGUACCUCAUACAAUUACUACCUCACUCAAAGAUUGGAAAGCGUAGCAAGAUACAAUUCAUGCGGGGCCAUGAAUAUUGAAUAUCCGGAGUAUCUUAUCAAAGGGCCAUCCAGUGGAGAGCCUGCCUAUCUUGAAGGAGAUAAACUUUCAUUUAGCUGCUUCCAGACACAUGUUCUUAUGGGCGACACGGAAUUCCAAUGUAGAAGAGUCAGAAACGAAGACGGGACAACUUGGCGUAUGCAGUGGACACAGGGUGAACAGCCAUGGUGCAGGCACAGAGCCAAGGAUAACAUUCUUACCUGGCUACUCUGGACGGCUGUAGCGUUUGGUAUACUUUUCUUAAUAAUUGGUGUGUUUGCUGUGUGCUGGGGCCUCAAGCAGGCCGAUCGCAGAAAGCGAGGAUAUCCACAGAAGGUUGCAAACGGACGUAGUCGUGAGACUGUGGGUGAUAGAGAAAAGUUUUUGAUCUUGAGAAAGACGCGGACAGUCUGGAAAGCAGUAUCAGAGUUAUUUUUGUCAUCAUUAUAG